UUGACGAAUAGUGCCGUGUCUUUGUCUUCACUUUGAGUCUCUUGUAUGAAAAGACGAGUUGUGUCGAGUUGAACUUGUGCGCGUUCGAAGACCCCAUUUAGCUACAUAAUAACCAUGCUUGUGCCUGUGAAACAUGGAGGACCUCUACACUUUAGAGAAGGAGGUCGGACGAGGCAGCUAUGGCGUGGUCUUUGAGGGUCUCAUAUCCAAAACGGGACAAAAGGUGGCUAUCAAGCGUCUGCCCUGCAAGGACCCAGAAUGCAUUGAACUCUACUUGCAAGAACUGUGGGCCAUGAGAACCACAGCCAAGAACCACAUCAACGUUAUUGCACUGCACAGUUGCCUCCUGCAGACAGGACGGAGGAGUUUGAAGCCCCUGAGGAAGGGGAAGCUGCCUUUACAUCUUGUUGAAAGUGUGCUAAAAGGAAGUGUUGGUCAUGAUCGAGGUUCACAGUGUAACACUCGGAGGAGGACUAACUCUGUGUCCAGACUUCAAGACAGGACCAACAUUUUCCCAUCAAACCCCCCUUGCCCUUCAACUCCAAAAAGGCCCUCAAACAGAUCCAGGAAGAGGCUACCCGAGAGAGAGGAUGAGCAGACGAGAUCUCCGUGCUGCUCUGCCCUCUGGCUCGUGAUGGAGUACUGUGAUGGGGGGGACUUGAAUCAAUACCUGCUCUCCAGGCCACCGGACGUCCAUAGGAACCAUAGUGUGGUGCAGCAGCUCAGCAGUGCCGUGGCCUUUCUGCAUCAUCUUGGGAUAAUCCAUCGAGACCUAAAGCCUGACAACGUGCUUGUCAGUGUUACACCUAACGGUCCUAUUUUUAAGGUCGCUGACUUUGGUCUGAGCAAGAUAAGUGAGGGUCUGGUGCGUGGAAACCUGGGCAGGAAACACUUUUCGUCCACCUGUGGCUCAGACUUUUACAUGGCUCCAGAAGUUUGGGGUGGACUCACCUACACAGCUCAGGCAGACAUCUUCUCGCUCGGCGUGAUGUUUUGGGCCGUCCUGGAGAGAAUCACCUUCCUGGAGGAAGGAACCACACACGAGCAACUUGGUGCUUACGUGUGUAAGGGUCGCUGGUUGACGCCACUGGGCGAAGCUUUGUGGGAGAACGCUGACCUCCAGCUGUGUAUUCCCAUGAAGUGGAAAAGAGCAGCCCCGCCGCCCAGCCCUCCCGGCCCGGCGAUGUGUGGCCUGCUUCUCGACAUGCUCGCCUCAAACCCGGAUUCCCGGCCCGUAGCGGACCAGCUGGAGUCCAGAGUGUGCGGCGCUCUGAAAGAGGACUCCCACUGAGACGAAGCGCUGCUAAUGGCCACAGCCACCGUGGAAACGUUGCCUGUCUCUGUGAGUAAAUAAUAGCGGAGAUGAGCGGGAAAAGCAAGGCCACCUCAAACAAUUCAAGGUGAUUGUGGCGGCCGAGCAUUCUGCUAAGAGUGCUGCAGCUGUUGUUCAGACUGGGAGUUGUCAACCGCCGCUUGUCAUGUGAGUCCAUCUCCCCUUUGUCGCCACAAGGGUUGGAAAAAGAGGGUAAACGUUUGCAUUCAAUUUCCAGAGGGAUUUCAACUACGCAACCUUGGAAAUAUUUCAAAUCGAGAACCAAAAUAGUUGUGAGGAUUCAUUUCGAACUGGGGUACGUG